CUCAGUGUGAAAGCUCUGCUCUUCCUGACAACAACACCUCGUCCUGUGUACAGAGCUUCCUCGGGCCUGGAUUAUUUCCAGUUCAGCACCAUGCUACUCCGGACUGUGGUUCUGCUCCUUCUUUGUGUGUCCACGGGCAUGUGUGCCUCGUUAGUUUCUUUACAGGCUCAGGAAAUGCAGAGGGAGAAAGAGGACCUUACUGAGAAGUCAGCUGUUGUUGCUGAUGCUGUUGUGGAAGAAGGUGAAGCUGCUGCACUGGACCAAGCAAGUGACACACCUGCAGAAGAGAAACCAGAGAAGAAAAUAUUAGCAGUGGAUAACCCAGAGGCUGACAAACACAAAGUGAAGGAAGCUGAAGAUCCAGGAGAGGACAGUGACAGGUCCGCUGGAGACAGCCCUGCUGUGGAAGCUCUCAGUGUCAUCCAGGAGCUACCUUCUUCUGCAGAGGAGGACACUGAGAUCAAACCAGUCCAGACAAACCAGUCCUCCCACAGACCCUCAGUGAAACAGGAUAAUAACACUUGGGGCCUUAGCUCGAUUAGAAAUAGCUUCCAGGCUGCGCACGGAUACUUUGACUCCCUGGUGGAGCUGGUGGGAGGUCGCGAUGGUGUGUGUCAGUACCGCUGCAGAUAUGGAGAAGUUCCACAGCCUCGUCCUGGCUACCAGCUCCAGGAGCCCAACGGCUGCAGCUCCUCUCUGGUGGGAUUGCAGGUGAAUGCUGCUCUGGACCUGGGGAUCCCUGCUAUGACUGAGUGCUGUAACCAGCUUGACGUGUGCUACGACACGUGUGGCACGAGCAAGUACGACUGCGACCUCGAGUUUCGCUCGUGUCUGCACGGCAUCUGCUCUAACCUGAAGAAGAGCUUGGGCUUUGUGUCGCAGGUGCAAGCCUGUGAGUCAGUGGCGGACGUUCUCUACAACACAGUGUGGACUCUGGGUUGCAGGCCCUACAUGAACAGCCAGAGGGCAGCAUGUGUCUGCGAUGGAGAGGAGCGGGAUGAACUGUAACACAGAACAUUAUGAACAUUUCUCUUUUUCUUUUUCUUUUUUACAGACAAGCAAAGGUGAACAUGAGUUUUUGAUCGAUUAUUUUGUACUUCAAAAUAAUCACAGAAGAGGUUCCGGAUCUCUUCAGCAUG